AUGGAAGCGCCUGAAAUUAAAAACAAGCCAAAAAUUAGCUGCAUUAUUUGCGAUAAAGAGCUUGAAGUAGACCAUAUCGGCAUAAAAUGCCCCCAAAACGACAACAUCUGUUCUGAUUGCUCAAUAUUAUACGUAGAAGGAAUUUUUGGAGGUUUUCAAGCAAAUCUUCCCCCAAAAUGUCCUGAAUGCAAGCUAGAAAUUCCUCCUUUAGUUUUCGAACGUCAGCUUUCCCUUGAUUUCCUUAAUCAAUAUAUCGCCUGGUCAAACACAGCCAAAGACGAAGAACUUAAAUGAUGCCCCAAAUGCAAUUACUUCGAAAUAUGGGCCAAAAGCUCUACAGCUGACUUAUUUUAUUGUAAAAUGCCCUCUUGCAAAGCUACUAUUUGCAUUCAUUGUAAUAAAAGUUUUAAAUUGCCUGAUUAUGAAGAAUUUUCUAAUAGGGAAAUCAAUGAUUAUGAAGAAGAGGCAAAUUUAGAAAAGGAAUAUGAAGCCUCACUAGAAGCUUUUUUCUACCAUCAAGCUUGUGUUGAAUUGCACCCUUUGAAGAAAAAAAUUGAUAUGGCUAUUGAAGAAGGAGAAAAAAGAUGCUGUCCAGGAUGUGGACUUUCUGGGAGAAAAGAUGAAAACUGUACUCAUAUGACUUGUCCAGUUUGUCAGACUAUAUGAUGCUAUUUUUGUGGCAAAAAAGAAGGAGAUUGUGAUAAAGAUUAUCCAGGAGAUGAUAUAGUUGGCCACAAUUAUGACUGAAACAUUAAUGACCUAAGAUGUCCUAUGCAUUUUACGCAGAUCCAUGAAAUAGACAAAAGAUGGCCUGAUAAUGAUGAGGGCUGUUUGAAUUAUUUCCAUAGGCUUUUAACCUUAAAAUGCCUCAAGCAAGCUAUAAAUGAGAUAGGGCUUGACAAUUAUUAUAUUUUUUCUUAUUAAUUUACCAUAUAUAAAAAAUCUUUACUUCCCACCUACGUGGCGAACAAAACCAUUAAUAUUUUGGGUAAAAACACCUCCGAGCGAACAAAAAGUUUUUAAUAUAAAAUUUUUUAUAAAAAAAUAUUUUUAUUUAUAAGUGAUAAUUAGUAUAAUGAAAUCUCUAGCUAUUUCGGUUUAAUCUAAACAGCUUCGUUUUUAAAACAUAAAUUUUGCGAAUUAAUUAAUUUUAUUUAUUUAUUUUGGGAUUUUUUAAAUUUUGAAAAAGAAAUUACUAUAAAACUUAUAUAUAAAUUAUGUUACAAAAUAAAUUAACACCUUGCGAGCGAAUAAAAAUUUUUUGUUCGCUAAGAGAGGGUCGGAUUUAAGUUUAUUGUUUAUACAUUAAAAAGUUUAUAUAAAAUCGCAGACCAUUUUUCAAGUAUUAAAAAUAAUGGGUAUGGAAUUGAUGAAAUUCUGAAUUUUGAAGAAAAAUCGCUGAUCGAUAGGACAAAUGGUGACAUAUAA